AGUGAUUGCCAUGAAUAUUCCUCCAAAGAAACCUCAUUUUUUCAAGCCCGUCCAGCCUGGUUUCAAGCAUGGGAUUAAAAUUCCAGUAGGUUUCUUGAAGUAUCUGAAGGGAGAGGAGCACAUUGAACACGCAAUACUGAAAAGGAAUGGUAAAAGGUGGCUGAUUAAGUUGAAUGACAAGCGAUUCGAAAAGGGUUGGGGGGAAUUUGCUGAGGAAAAUGAUGUGCAAUUGGGAGAUAUGUUGGUGUUUAGAUAUGAAGGAAAUAUGGAAUUUGAAGUUUGUAUCUUUGAUUCAACUCAUUGUGAUAGAGAAUAUGCAGAGUAUCUGCAGGAAGAACGAGGAGGAGGAUUUUGCCUUCUUGAGGAAAUUUCGAAGAAAUUUAAAUUCAAAGAAAGACCAAGGCCCAGGAUCAAGUUGUCAAAAAAGGCAUCUUCUCGUGUAAAAGCUAUUGUUCAUCACAAGUCUUUUGGCUCUCAUUUUGAUUACACUAUUAAUUCUCGAUGUUUCUUGUGCCUUCCUCAACGUUUCACAUAUGCAAAUGGUCUCAUCAAUAAGAAGUGCGAUUUGAUUAUAAGAGAUGAAAGACAAAGGUCGUGGAAGUUAAAGCUAAGUUCUUGCAAAACUCGAACCUAUAUUAUUGGUGGAUGGCACAAAUUCAGUGCUGAUAAUUGCUUAAAAAGGGGAGAUCGCAUAAUGUUUGAGGUUGUUACUAAUGGAGAGACACCAGUAUGGAAAUUUCGAGUCGUUACUAAUCAAGAAACUCCAUUGCAGAACUUUCAAGACAUUAUGAAAAAACCGUCAAGCAUGAGUCUUCUCGAUGCACAAGUAGCUACUUCAACUUCUAGUGAUGAUGAUCAUCCUUAUUUUAUUUCAACUUUAAAACCUUAUUCUUUCAGCAAACCAAAUUUGUAUUUUCCGAUGGAUUUUGCAAAGUCAAAUGGAUGGAUAAAUAGAAAGUGUGAGAUGAUUCUUAAAGAUGAAGCAGAGAGAUGUUGGUCCGUGUGGAUAGGGAGAAUGGGACAUAAUUUCGGAAUUACACGCGGAUGGACAAAUUUCAGAGUAGAAAAGGGUCUCCAAGUAGGAGAUGCUUACAAGUUUGAACUCAUCAAGAACGGGAAAGUACCUAUAGCAUAUUUCCAUUACGUGUUCGUACCAAUGGAUUACCCAGACUUCGGAGAAGUGGUCUGCAUUCAAGUAUCCCAAAAGACACCACCUAGUUCACCACCAUCCCGGAGCCAGAAUGACUUUGGAUUCGAAGGAGAUAAGUGGACCUUAGUCAGUAAGGAGGUAAUGCCAAUUCUGUAUACUAUACAGGUUCUUAUCCAGGGUACGUCCGUGCCAUGGGAACCUAGGUUAGACCUUGUACAUUAUCAAGAUGGCAACUUCUGCACCCAUUUUCAUUUCGAGAUUACAUGUUCAUUUUACAUCAAGCCAAGAGUGCUGUGGAUAAUUCCGACUCCAAAGUUUGAUACUACUUCCUAGUCAUCGUUGUUUCCAUACGUCCGGGGCUUAAUUCCCAGGACCUUUAUGGUGGAGUUUUAGUGCAUCGGUUUGUCCCUUCAUGCUGUUAACUUGUAAGUCUUGUGUAUUGGACUAGAAAUGCAAAGCACUUAUAGCUUAGUUUGAUGAUCGGAUAC